AUAUCUUCCACCGAUGUAUUCCGUAUGGGAUUGCAACAACAAUCAGAACUGGUUCGCGCCCAUAGAGAGUUUUUCAGAAAUAUCAACUAUUCCUCGCCGAGUCUACAAAACAGACAUUUGGGAUCCCAAUACUCUACAAAACCUCCCGGUUCGCUGUCUCCAAAUCAAAAUUGCUGUUCAUUAGUAACACCAAAACCCUUCGGGCCCCUUUUCCAAACUCGGCGCAGUCACAAGUUUCCCGAAAACCAUGUUGCAUUCAUCAGCCCUGUGAUGAAGUACACUGUCACUGAUUAUCGCCUCCUACCCCAGAUACACACACCUCCGAGAACACUAGGCCCUGAUCUCAGUUCGGAUGACUACAAGCAAAAAUGGACAAAGUAUCAAAGACAGAGAGGUUAUUCAGAGCUUCUGCGGGCACACACACAAAGGCAGCAUGCAAAACAUAACGGUGAACCACUCAGACCGCCUACUCGGCGCGAUGGAUCUAAACCACCUUUAAUCCAGGAUGUGGCUUCUUCAUCGCCCCACGAUCGAAAACAUCUGCGAUCAAACGUACCCAUUGUGGCGCACUCCCUCAUCAAUAAGGAUGACCAGUCUCUCAGAAGUGACACUCCUAAAGUGGACACUACUGGGAUGUGCGGUGAACGUCUAGUUAACGAAAGCGACCAUACUGACACAGAAGUCCUCAGGCUUAAAGCGGCUCGAAAGCGCGAAACU